CCCUCGCAUGCGUGCAUAUCACUGCCAGCGUUUCCCUGCUGGGACCCCCAGGAGAUCGCGCUCCUCUGACGUGCUCCCCGCUGCCAACCGUGUGGCGCCAUGGCUAAACUUACCGCGACAGCAGCUGGCAGCUGGCAGGCGCCUUGAGGCUCCUGCAGUUGCAAGAAAGCGUUCCGUCGGUGACCACUCAAGCCGCCCUGUUGCACAUCUUCCCACGCUUCAAGCAUGAGAUUAUUGCCCUGCUCACCUAGCGUUGUGGCGGCGUUGGCACGCGUCGCAGAAGCUCGUCCAGCGCCAUCUUCAUCGCGGCCAUGUCGGUCUUCACGCCGGCAAUCCCAGUCUUCAAGCCCUUCACGUCAGCUUUGACGUCGGCAAUCACAGUCUUCAAGCCCUUCACGUCAGCUUUGACCUCGGCCAUCUCAGCCUUCACAGUUGCUGACGAGACUUCAGCAUGCGAGGUUAGCUGCACGCGUGUUGCCCACUGGUUGGUCACCACAAAGGCCAAGCCAACUGAGGUAGACACUGCGAGCGCUUCCUUCAGGGUGAUGGGCCGAGCCCGGCUGCAAGCAGCUUCGCUAAGCUCAGUCAAGAGGCGCAUCGACGGCUUCAUAAUGCCCCGUCGAUGACAGGAAAUUUCUUAAGCUACCGCGAGCGAGAGGCCCUAUUGCCCCGCCCGGAGCCACAGAAAAUGCAGCAAAAUUGGCGUACUAGCUGAUGAUGAAUGGUGGCGAAAGCAAGCGUGCAUGGCUGAUGGAACGAAGAUAGGCAUCUACGCAGCUGUAGCUAGCGCGGCCAGCAGUUCGCCUCGCCGCAGCAUCCCCCAGAAGCCCAGUGUCAGCCAUCCAGCAAGAGUCGCGGCUGCACAUACACCUCGGCCUGCUGCCGGCGGCUCUGUGCCGCCACCACUGCCAGCCAUCCACGCACCCGACCAGCUGGCGCAGCAUGGCGGGCCGCCGCCGCCGCGCUUUAUCUACUCCUGCAUCAGCCACUCGUGCUGCAGCGCCGCCUCGGCGCUCAGCAGCUGCCGCGUCGCCAGCCGCUGCCGCAGGUCGCAGCCGCUGUCGCUGAGCGAGAAGGGCAGAGCCACCACGCCCGCCAGCACGUUGCGGACCGCCCGCCGCAGGUCGGCCUCGCUCGGCGGCGCGCGCUGCAGUGGCAACCCCACGGGCUCCAGAAGCUCGUCCAGCGCCAUCUUCAUCGCGGCCAUGUCGGUCUUCACGCCGGCAAUCCCAGUCUUCAAGCCCUUCACGUCAGCUUUGACGUCGGCAAUCACAGUCUUCAAGCCCUUCACGUCAGCUUUGACCUCGGCCAUCUCAGCCUUCACAGUUGCUGACGAGACUUCAGCAUGCGAGGUUAGCUGCACGCGUGUUGCCCACUGGUUGGUCACCACAAAGGCCAAGCCAACUGAGGUAGACACUGCGAGCGCUUCCUUCAGGGUGAUGGGCCGAGCCCGGCUGCAAGCAGCUUCGCUAAGCUCAGUCAAGAGGCGCAUCGACGGCUUCAUAAUGCGCACGGAUGUCCGCGGCGAGGAGCCCGGCCUGACGCGUGUGGCACACCGUGGCGGCCUGCUGCGGCUGGUGGGACUGGAGGGCGCCGGCGGCCACCUGCUCGGCCUGCACAUUGACGGCAACAUCACCAUGUACCACGGCAACACCGGCGCGGAGGUUGUCAGCCUGCAGCUGGAGCCGGCGGGCUACGCCAACCAAACUGCACCGCAGCUGCUGUUCGAUGCCGCCCACUCGCAUCUGUUCGUGUCCGUGGCCCGCACCGCGACCGUGCACGCCGUUGAGAUCAAGAUGGCCCAGCCUGCUUCUGCUGCCACUGGGGGCGCCACUGUGGGCACUGCCGGCGCCGUGGAGCUGCGGGUGGUGCGCAGUGUGGUGGUGGGUGCGUGGUAUGCCGGGAGUCAUGGACAUGCCUGGCGUGGCGCCGCCCCCCUCCAGCCACUCCAGCUAGAUAGCGCUAAGGAUGCCCGUAUGGCUCAAUGUCGACAGCAACCAACUACGGUAGUCAACUGCUGGCGAUAAAAGGGAGGACGUGAAGGUUGCUGUGGGCUAGGCUGUAGGAUGGCUAGCUGAUGAUGAAUGGUGGCGAAAGCAAGCGUGCAUGGCUGAUGGAACGAAGAUAGGCAUCUACGGUAGGCAUGUGAUCGAUCAUUGCAACGCAGGAUGUCACA